AUGGUGUUCCAAUCUAGUGGACCAAAAGUAUUCAACCGUAUGGCGGAUAUUAAGGAAAGAGAACCGGAAGUCGCUUCCAAACCCUCAAAAUCGGAAUCUCCAGAGAUAGGAUUAAAGUGCCUACUUCCUCGAAUACUUUGCGCGGCUGUUGCCGUUAUCGGAGUUAUUCUGUUGGUACGGGAUUGGUGGCGUAUGAAGGGGGUAACUGGACGUAAUAAUGCCUUGGAAGUUGAGUACAAGUUUUAUACGUCGAUGUAUCCUGGAGUGGAACGUCGCGACAUGGUGCGGAUCUUUGUAGGGUUCCAUAAGAUGUUGGAAAUAAAAGAUAUUUAA